AUGAAAAAGAACAACGCAAUGCUGGGAAAACGUAAAGGAAAUCAGAAUAUGAAGCAUUUGGCAAAAAGAGCUAAAAGUGAUAUGGACAACAAACAUGAAACAAGAGAAAAGUUGCAUACCAAAUCAGAAAUCAAGCAAAGAGCUUGGUUAUCAUUGGUUGUAAUAUUGUCUUUUAUUGCAUUAAUAGCUGGAUUUGAAUCUAAAGGCUUAAUUGCUUAUGAUUGUGCCAAUCCCGAGGUGAAUAUGACAAGCUAUUCUCUUCUUGAUGUCGAAUCAUGCGUUCCACAUAUGAAUAAUUUAUCUUCAUCUCAAGUAUCAAUUCAAGUAUUACAACGAAAUGUCAGAACAACAACAAGGGUAUUUCAAUGUAAAGUUAUAAUUAAAAGAUCUAUUAAACAUUGUGGAGCAUUCUCACAUGUAUCGGAAUAUCAAUAUGGAUACUCUUAUAUAGUGAAAGAAUUUAACUCAGAAGAAUGCAGAAAGGUGCACGCAUUGGGGACCGUUGCACUUACACAUGACAGAUUGAUACAUGAACUGAAAUUAAAUACCACAACUCAUGGAGAGACACUUAUUAUAGGAAGUUUAUCAGGAAGUAAGUGUUACGGUGGGACUUAUAGUACACCCUUUUAUACAUGGACAAAUGCAUUGGUAUUUUAUGAAUACGAAAUUUCUUUGUUUGGCUACAUAGCUCAUGUAGACAUAGAAAAUGAUCAAAUUUCAUUGAGGAAUGGUCUGUAUUGUCCCUAUUCACUCGGACGUUGUUUGGACUCUGAAGAAGGAUAUUUAACAUGGGACUUGAAUUUGAAUAAGUCAUGCGAGGAUACUGAAUUCGAAGUUAUCUAUGAAGGGUUGGUUAACAAAACAAUGAAUUCAGAACCAGCAGUUCAUCUUUCUACAGCAGUAAUAUAUAGCACAAUUUCCGAGUCACAAAUAUUUUUAAUAAAAACCCGGAAGUUAACGAGGAUUUGUGGGUACUCAGGAUUUACAACUGAUCAUCCUCGUAUUCUCAUUAUUGAAAACAGUGAUUUGGAACACUACAUUGGACAAAAUUUGAAUGACAUUUACAACAUGGUAAUGACUGAAAUGUGUAAGUUGGACCGAGCUAUAAUGGAAACCAAACUAACCCUCGCACGAUUGAAUCCGAACGAAUUCGUUUCAAGUAUUAUGAAAGGAAACGGCUAUACGGCAGUCGUGGCAGGAGAAGUUCUUCAUGUUUUGGAAUGUAAGCCAGUGUAUGUUACUCCCAAAGCGUCAGAAAGAUGUUAUCAAGAGUUACCAGUGAACUAUAAUAAUAUAACCAUGUAUUUAGCCCCAGUAACACGUAUAUUACAGACAAGAGGCACAGAAAUAGAUUGUACUCCCCUGUUGCCUGCUAAGUUUAAAUUUGGGUCUCGGUGGUACACAACUGAUGGGAGAUUGAGAGAAAGUACAAGCCCAAACAAAUUAUCAACUAACAUUGUCACAAGCUGGAACUAUACACCGCUACCAAAUUUGAUGGAAAGUGGAGUAUAUGAUUCUGAUAAUUUGGUUAAAAUGAGAAACAUGAUAUAUGAGCAAGGAGAAAAACGUGCGGCCUCCGCAGUUGUGUACUAAAUAAUGGCUGGACAGCAUCCAAACAGACAAGGAUUUCAAUUUGAAGCUAUGAUUUCCGAAAAGGUAUUGGAUAAUGUAUUCAGCAAAUAUUGGAAGAAGUUAAUAUCUUGGACUACUUGGCUGGGCAAUCUAACAUCUACUGCUAUUGGUUUAUACCUAAUAGUGCGUAUUAUUAAAUUCUUCGUCGAUACACUUAUUCAUGGAAGAAUUUUAUAUGACAUAUAUGGAUUUAGUUGGAAGUUAAUUGCAUCAUGCUGGGAUUCACUCACUAGUCUUCUAUCUCACAAGAAAUUUAUGGAAGAAACCAAAAAAUUCACCAAGGAAAACGAUAGAACAAAA